UUGUUUUUGGCUAAUAACCAUCGAAACCGAAAACCAAACGAUAUAUUGGUUUUUUGGAUUUUCUCAUACUGUCAAAAUAUUGGCCAUGUUGUGUUCCAUGUUGAUGAUGAUGGCCAUGGAUAGAAAUUUUUAUCCAUUAAAUUCAAUUCAACACUAAAGAAUUGGAAUAUUCUCACUUUCUCUGGUUCUUAUUCUUAGAAUUUCUUUUUGUUGUUGUUGAAUCGAGAUUCUUCCGAAUUUUUUUUUUUUUGAUCAAACUUUGUGGGUGUGUGUAUGUGAAGUUUUUAAAUAUUAUCCAACAGUAAAAAUCAAACCUGUUCAUAGUUUAUGCGGUUGGGAUUUUUUUUUUCUUUGAAAAAUACAAAUCCAACAACAACAACAACAAAAAAAACCUCGACACUUUCGUCAUUAUAUCGUGUGUUACAAUAAACAAUCAUUAUCCAUCAUUAUAAUGAAAAAACUGUUGAAUUUUUUUUCAAAUUUUUAAAUUCCUUAUUAUCAUUUAUUAUUACAGCCUCGGGCAUCGUUACUUUGUAUGUUCGACAAUAAUAACCUCAACAUUGAAAAAAAAAUCACAAAACAUUCGAUUCUAUUUUGAUCACAACAAAACCACUGAACACAACUGUGUUAACUGGAUUCACUUUCGUUUUCUCUUUUUUAUUUAUAUCAUUUAAUUUAUGAAAAACAUUUAUAAAAAGUGAAAGUGAGAAAAAAAAAGAGAAAAACGCUAAAUUCCAGCUACAGAUUAUAAUCAUCAUCAUCAUCAAAAAAAAAAAAAAUUGAAAUCAUUGUCUAAUGGUAUCCGCUUCAUCUACUGGUAGUGGUGGUGACAAUAGUAUUGUUGCAACAACUUCAGCUAUAUCUGCAUCAACUGCCGGUAGUAUGUCGAUUGUACAAUUUCAAUUACCAACAAAUCAAUCUGCAUCCACUGCUGCUGCCACAAUGGUUCAAUCGGUCAUACAGCCAAAUCAUCAAUCGGUUAUACAACCGACCAAUCCGAUCUCGACCAUUCAGUUUUCGAAAAAUGUCAUUCUGGUGAAUAAAUUGGCACCCGGAUCGGUAAUACAAAGUACCGAAUCCGAACAAUCAGCCAUGCAAAUGGUGAAAGAAGAGAAUGAAACAACAAUCUAUGAAGAUGAAUCAAAAAGGCGACGUGAAAUAUUAGCUAGACGACCAUCGUAUAGAAAAAUUCUAAAUGAUUUAUCAGCUACCGGUGAUACACCUGUUACAACAACAAAUACAUCAUCAACAGCAUCCGGUAUGGAAGGACAAAAAUCAUCGAAUAAUGACGAUAAUGAUAAUGAACAACAACAUUCAACAACAUCAGGCCAACAACAACAACAAUCAUCGAACGCAACACAUACAUCAUCAGCAUCACAACCAACAGGAGCAACGGCCACAACAAUACCAUUACAGAGCUAUAUUAAAAUGUUACCAUCAAUACAGAUUGGAUCAACGCAUGAUGGUACAACUAUUCAAGGUAUACCUACAAUAAUGACCAAUACGAAUACGACCGGUUCAACUAUUGUACAAUAUGCAACGGCUGCACAUGAUGGCCAAUUUAUUGUUCCCGAUCUGCAAACAUAUCAAUUAAGGCCUCCGCCACCACCACCACCGCAACCACCUACAAAUAAUCCAUCAGCAGCGGCAACAGCAGCACUUGCACAGAAUGUCGUAAUGGCCACACCACAAUUACCAUCAACACAUAAUAUGGAUGAGGCAUUGAAAAAACGUGAAAUGAGAUUACUUAAAAACAGGGAAGCGGCAAAAGAAUGUCGUCGAAAAAAGAAAGAAUACAUCAAGUGCCUUGAAAAUCGAGUGGCCGUAUUAGAGAAUCAAAAUAAAGCACUAAUUGAAGAAUUGAAAACACUUAAAGAAUUAUAUUGUAAAAAGUCUGAUUAACAAAAAUGACGAAACAAACAAUUGAAAGAUUUCGAAUUGGGAGAAGAAAAAAACAUCAACUUAUUACCAACCUCAUGAGAUGAUUGACAAUCUAUCAUAUAUUGGAAAUUUAAAUUAAUGGACUGAUAAUUUGGAUAAUUGGAUCAAUUUUUUUCCAUAUAAUGAUCAGUGAAUUCCGAAAACGAUACUAUCGAAUCUUCAAAUAUACAUCUAUACGAACAACCCUAUUGCUUGACUUAAAGUUCAAAAUCCAUUUCACUCUCGCUUCCUUCUCUAAAUAUUUUCACUGUUAUUCCAAAGGAAAUAUCGUACCAAUUGGCAUCCAUCCAAUUGAUUUAAACGCUGAAAUGUUACCCUAUUCCGCAAUUGUACAAAGCAUUUAAACAUUUAUCACUCAAAAAUACACACCAUCACCACCACCACCUCCACCACUAUUACAUUGAAAAUGUUAAAACUUUUUGAAAACGAAAAUAUUCUUAAAACAAAUGGGCUUACAAACACACACACACACAUACAUAUUUGUUAUUUUUCCCAAAUCAAUCAACUAACCAUCUUAAUUUCACUCCACCAAUUAUAAUCAUUGAUUGAUUGAUUGAAAAUGUUUUGAAAAUCAUCAUCAUCAAAAAACAAAAACAUCAUGUUUCUAAAACUAAUUCAUCGAUUACACUGCAAAAAAAAAAAUUGAUUCUAUCGAAUCCACAACUUAUCAGAUCUUGAAUAUCAUAUAUAUAUCUCAAUCGAUAUAAUUCAACCUUAUAUACUAUCUCAAUUUCGAUUCGAUCUAUUCAUCAAAGUUAAUCAUUUUCAUCAUCAUACUCUUUAAUUUCUCAUUAUCUCUCACUUUCAUUCACUAUAUUUACCUGUUGAUUUGAUUCUACUUUAUUAUU